CCCAAGUGCAAAGAUAUAUAAAUAUUAUUCUCUAUUUCUCUAUGUUAAUACGCCAGCUGUUACCUCUACAUUUUUCAAUGUGCCUUGUUUACCUCCCUUUGCUGCUGUCCGUCAGCUCUCAUUAUCUAUACCACUUAUCCCAACCGGAGGGUGGGGGGAAGGCUGGAGCUAAGAAAAUGUAUCUAUAUUGAUGUUUAAUCUGUAUUCUCAUACAUUGUAUCAUGACAUGAUAUAUUUUGAUAUGAUAUAUAUAUGGGGUCACUAGGGACUGGUGUGUAGCAUUAUUAUUAGAAUAUAAUGAUGAUAUGUGGGAGGUGAAGUUAAUUUUGGACACCACUGUAUAUAAACUGUGCUCCUCCUCCAUUUUCUCUUUUCAUUUGUAUAAAGAGACAUGAUGUAAUUCCAGACUGAGGUUUGUUGGCGUAGGCGGUUGGCUACAGCCCCAUUAUUUUCCUGCCAAUAUAAGACUCUCCAUGUUUGACUAGUAAAGAGCUGUUUUCAGGACCAACUAAGUUACAGACACCUGGAGAGCAAUCACACCCGUGGCCAUGGGACAGACAGUGAUGGAGCACACUCUGCCAGUUGAAGAUGCCUGCUGUAUGGGUCCGGAUGAAUCUGUUCUCAUUCUCAUCAAACACUGCCAGGACAUGAAGCAACAGGAGACGCGUCUCAGACUCAUCACUCUGUUACUACUGUUCAUAUGUACAGCACUGUUCAUUUUUACCACUGGUGCUGAUUUAAGGCAACACUUUGGAUCCAAGAGAGAAAUGAGUACAGUUGAGCAAAGUCCAGUACCCUCCAAGCAACAGAGCCUAUGCCCUGCAGUCAACCCUAAAACAAGCUGCCAAAAUCUCCACAUUCAUCUCAGGUCUGUGGCUACAGGCAACACAUCUGAUGGACAGCUCAUCAAAUGGGAUGUGAUGUUUGGUGACAACUACUACUACAACGAAGAAAAACGUGCCAUACUGAUUCAUGAGAACGGUCUCUAUUUUGUUUAUAUAAGGAUUACCUUAAGUUGCCGCAGUGAGGAUGGGCCUGAAGGCUUCAGUGUAAAGCUGCAACGUUGGAACAAAGGCUACGACAUGAUAGUACCCCUGACAGAUGCCAAGGAUGGUGUAGAUUGCACUUCACAAAGGUCUAGGAAUGUAUUUGUGGGGCAGCUUUUUGAUUUGUCGGAAGGAGAUCAUUUGAGUGUGUGGAUUGAUCAGGGCUACAAACUGAUCGCAACAGCUUCAGCUGGUGCUUUUUGUAUAUAGACAAUACAUCUUGAUGAGAAUAUUUUUAUUAUGUGCACAUUAUUUCAGUCCUAGUAAUCUAUGGGUUUAUUUAAAAAAAAACAUUUUAAGUUAUUUCUCAUCAUAUAUUUGCAAGCAUUGUAUAUUUUAAUGUAGUACCUGUUUAUUCAGGCAGGCAGAGCGGAAAUGGCGGAAGGAUGGUCUGCAAGUCUGACCUCUUAGCUAGAUAUCUUUUCAAACAAGCUUUUAAUGUCUAGCGUGUUCACUGAUUUUCGUCACCUUUAAUAAUUUAUUUCUUAACUAGUUUUAAUAUGUUUAGUGUGUGUAUUGUUCCUCUGGGCCACCACGGGUAAGCCCCCGGUACGAGAGCCGGCUGGGUGGGAGUUGGCCUAUAUCAGACGCUGGAUAUCUAUUUGGCUUCUGUCUGUUUAUGAGUGUUCUUAACUGAUAUUGUAUUACUAUGUUUUUAUUGUUGUAGCACUUUGUGCUCUUGAGCUGGAAAGUGCGGUACAAAUAAAGAUUAUUAUUAUUAUUAUUAUUCUUAAAAGAACUGUGUAUUCAGGUUUGGAGGCAACAGGGCUCUAUUUUCCCACCGGUGCAAUUUCUGCAUCAUUACAAACUCAGUCAUCGUGCAGCUUUCCUCAGCAUAACGUUUUGUUUUGUGCGUGUGUGUGCACUGGUGUGUUACACUGAGGUGGGAGGAGAGGCGUAGCUGAGGCCAUGUGUAUGCUGAUAAGGCAACACAGAAGGUUGGUACUUACACAGAGAGGUAACAAAUUACACUGUCUUGGUAAGAUGUUGUUGCAUCUUCUGUGACAUGAGCAACAUUCUUCCUCAUUUGGUGUUUUGAUGAUGCUGGUAGGCUGUAUCUCCAAAACUUCCCUUACAGUCUGUUUUCAAUCUGCAUUGAAUUCUUGAGACUGUAAAGGCCAAAACAUGAGUCACAUCACUGACAUCAUGAGUAAAUGGGUGGGGUGGCAAAAUAGGUCUGAUCAUUUAUUCAGAUUGCUCCUUUCAUUUGACACCAGUUUUAAUAUAAAGUGUUUUUUAUACAGUACAUGCACUUGAGUAUUCUUUUGGUGAAUAGUAGGCCUAUUUUACUGAGAUAUCAUUGGUUGUACUAUAUUGAAGUAAAGAAGGUUUGAAUUAGCUUGUUUGAGCCAUGGGUACAUUCAGCUGUUACAGAUUUUGAUGGGCUUUUUUGAGUAUAAGGCCAGAAAUAUGCUCAAUUGUUGAGACAAGAUUAAGGUUGUUAUUUGCACUGAGUUUUUUUUAUUAAUAAUUUAUAAUUACAUAAAAAUUUGCCCUCAGGGGAACUGUUUCCUGAGUCACUAAAUCUAAAUAACAAAAACCAAAUUCCCCCCUAGCCCCAGUGGUAUCUCAGCUUGCACUUUGUUUUUGUUGCUGAGAUUACUACUAUCUCUUACAACAGAAAUGAAUGGAAUUUGAUUUGCCUGCGUUGAAAUAUAGCAGCACUGCGUUGGCUUAAAAUGUGCUUUGCUUGUGGCUUUGACGUACAGCAUCUAUGUUCCUUAGGUUAGCAUGGUGAUAGCUUUUUACUUAAAUCGUAUUUGGGUAAUUAUGACAUAACAAAAACCUGGUCUAAUUUAUGAGAAAUAUGAAAUAUGAUGUGCACUUGUUAGACACAACUAAUUUUCAGAAUCCUACUGAACAUGACAUGUAGUGGGACUUUAAGCCAACAGUUAAUGGCACAGCUCAUUCAAAAGACCACUCCAAUGUAAGGAAACAGAAAUAUACUUAAGAAAAUAUCAGUUUUACAAAGUAUCACAAAUAUAUUUUAAAGGUUUCUAUAUAUUGUAUUUAUUCACAUGUUCUUUUAUAAAUUAUGAGCCAUUAACUAACAUUGAGAAUUAAAUGUGCAAAAAUGAUUUGGUUACUAUAUUUUGUUGCUUAUUCUAAGACUACCGUUACUAUAGCAUCUAAGUGGCUUACAGUGUUUGUUUGUUUGUUUGUUUUACCUCUGCCAAUAAGUUUAAGUUUUUGGUUCCGUGUGUGUGUGUUUGUUUGUUGGUUAGCAGGAUUAUGGACAAAUGGCUGGAUAGAUUGGUACAAACACUGGUGAGGACCAACCCUAGACGUAAUUAGAUUUGGUCUGAAAAGGUCAAGGAUCAAGAUCACAAAAAAUAAUAACAAAAAAAAUCCCAUCUUUAACACAGGGCAAAAAUAAAAAAAUAUCUCUCUGUCAAACGUUACUGAUUUUUUUUUUUUAAAUUUACCACACAUAUGGUGGCAAUGUCUAUCAUCAGACCAGAUUUCAUCCACAUCUGAUUUGGAUUCAGAUUUCUGACAGCCAUUUAAAGUUAACAUUGAAAACCCGGUUUAACACAUAUUUUCUGCUAUAACUUGGCCUGUGAUGAAGAUGGAACCCUGAAAUGUUCAUACCCUAAAAGAUUAUCCAGGUCUGAUUCAGAUCAUGACUUUUAGGGCAUAUUUUGUGUUGUUCUGCAUCUCAUUUUUCACAAGGGACCCAUUUGUGUGAACAAAUGUUGUGCCUUGGUGGAGGUACAUACGCUCUCUGAGUGCUCAUGUUUGUUUUGUUCUUUUGUUUGUUUGUUUGUUUUACAUAUGGCAUCCCAUCUACUUGAGUUGAACCUUUUGUCAUGUGCUUGUCUGAUUGACAACUACUGCUGUUGCUGUGGGCCUGUAAAGCCUACUGAGACAUUUAAUGUAAUAAUCUAUACAAAUAAACUUGACUUGAGAA